AUGGCGAGCAGCAGGCCGCGGCGAGCUGGUGUGCUGGACGCCGAGCGCCACAGGCGCGACGACGCCAGGCAGGGCAGGAUGGCAGUGUCGGCAGGAGCCAAGAAGGCGGGGACCGACGCGCUGCGGGCCGCUGGGGCUGACGUUUCGGACGACGACGUCGCGAGCCUCGUCCUGAAGGUGAGGGCGACGCUGAACGCGGGGCGGGCCCCCCGUUCGAAGCUGGACGAGGCUAGACGACUGGAGGCAGCGCUGGACCCGGUGGCCAUCCGCCUGGCGCUGGGGAACCCGGAGGUCCCGGGCUCUGAGAUGGCCGAGGCCCUCUGGGGGUUCACUGAGGCCGCCACGUACGCCACGCAGGCGGAGAGCCGGAUCAGGAGAGUGGCGGCCGAUACCGAUGGCUGGGAGAGGAUCGCGGAUCGGAUCUGGGCCCGUGCAGUCGGCGACGACGGCGGCACGCUGCCCACCGACUGGCUGCUGCACCUGGGCAUAGGGCUCCUCCUGUCCAGCCUGGUGGUGGUGCUUGGGGCCGACUCCGGGCGGCACCGCCUGGCAGGCGCAGCUGUGGGGCUGUGUGGCACCGUCCUGCUAGUACGGCGCGUGCCCGAGCGUGUGGUUGCUUGGUGGGCACGCUGGAGGCGGCGCUCGGCCUUCGCCGCGGCGCUGAGGAGCGGCGGGGACGGCCUGGACCUGACCGCCGCCGAGGACGACUGCGCGGCCUGGGACGCGAAGGGGGCCCCGACGACCAAGGGGGGUGGCGCGGGGGCCACGGAGGUUCCUACUGGCCCGCUGCACCCCCCGGGGCUGGCAGCGCUGCCGCCGUCGCCGCGGGCCCCACCUGCCGAAGGCGUGGGCGGGGGCACCCCGCCAGCAAAGCCCGGCGCGCAGGACCUGGCGGCGCUGCGGGCGUUCGGCCAGGGCUUCCACGCGCCCUAUGCUCCUGCAGACGCGGUGAAGCUAGGGCGCGAGGUCCAGAUGGUGGGCGCCACGCUGCGCGAGUUCCAGGCGCAGGCGGCCACGAACGUGUACUGGGCCUGGCACUUCUGGGAGAGAAUCGCGGCGGUGGAUGGCUCCAUGGGGCUGCAUCCUGACCUCCGUCGCGUGCUGCAGACCCACGGCUACGUGGGCGCAGGAACGAAGUCCCCGCCAGGUGGUUCGCUGCAGCAGGAGCUGGACGCGUUGCUCUCCUCCGCCACAGCGCCGCACGGCGGGGGCAUGCACGCCUCCCCUGGGUGGGCCGUGGCCCCGGUGACCCAGCAGCAGCAGGAGGACAGCCGAUGGAACCUCAGCCUCCCGCCGGACCUGCGGCGCGCGGCGCCGGAGAUCUACCGCACCAUGCGGGGCGCUGGGGCGGCUAGCGCUCGCGACUGGCUGUCGCUGGAAGUGACGGGCCAGCGCCACACGGCAGUCUGGACCGACCUGUGGACUGCCGCCACCAACGUGGACUACUUGCUGGGCGGGUGCAGGACCCAGUCCGAGCUGCUCACCCGCCUGGCGUCCGACGAUGCGCUGGAGCUGCACCUGAGGCGGUUGGCGAGCUACGUCUACGAGAUGCGGACGAAGGACAAGGUGGGUGCGGCGGCCAUGCUGGCCGUACGCCCGCCCGGGUCGGCCGCCGACUUGGCUCCCACAUGGCUGGUGACCGAGGCCACGACCCACAGCAAGGCUGAGCACCAGCGUGACGAGAGGCCUAGAAUGCCAGUGACGGGUUUGCCUGGCUCGCUGAUGCGGGCCCUGCAGUGGAAGGAGGCCGAGCUCAUGAACGGGAUGGGCCGCGGAUCCCUGGAGGCGAGACCAGCGGGCCAGCGUGAGCCGAGCAACGACGACAUGAUGCUGGCCUGGCAGCUCGUGCAGCAGUAUGCGUUACAGGACGCAGCGCGGUACGAGCGCGACUGCCGGGGGCUUGCCCCGACAGGCGGUCAAGGGACGGAUCUUGCCUGCGACCGAGGACCGCAGGAUGCCUACACAGGAGAGCGCAAGGGUGUGAGCAGGCAUGUGAUGAUGUGCGCCGCGGCAGUUGCAGAACCCCCCGACGACAUGGUCGUGGACCUGCUGGAGGCGCUGCCUGACGGCGAGCGCCAGUACUACUCGGACGAGCUGAACGUUCUGGACUACAGCGGCAAGUCGGGGGUCCUCUUCGAGGAGCUGGAGGAGCGUUUCGCCUUCGUGGGGGGCUCGACGUCCGAGUACGCCCGCUACAUGAUGCGGGCCGAUUUGCCGAAGGACAUGUGGACGUUCGAGGACCCCAACGACGUCCAGGCCUACUGCGGGUUCAGCUGUGUGCCCAAGAAGGACCCCACCAAGCAGCGGAAGGUCCUGAUGAUGUGUGCCAGCAACUACGUGUGGGCCGACCCCCACCAGCGCGGAGUCCACGGGAUGCACGGCGGAGCGGCCAUCGCCUCCAUGUGCGCCCCGACGGACGAGUGGGGCGUAGCAGCGUUCGACGAGGACAACGCCUUCACCCGCCUCCGCGUCCCCGCUUGGAUGGCCAAGUGGCAGGCUUGCCCGCCGAUCCGCGCCUGCUGGGUGCGGGGGAAACUCAGCCAGCGCUUGCGCGACUUGGUGGGGCCGACGGGCUGGGUGGCCCCCUGCUACCACCGCCUGGCCAUGGGCGGCUCGCACUCCGUGCACCUGCUCAUGACGGUCAACAUGGCGAUCAUCGGCAGGGCGCUGCUGGGCGUGGGCGCUCGCUUGGGGGCGCUCGCGGGCGCCGCGGAGCCCGCCGAGGGCGGGGCCAGCGGGGCGCCGCGCGCCUCGCCGCCCGAGGACGGGGGGCUGGAGGCGGACGACCUGGGGGAUGCCGGACCGGAGGGCGCUCAGCAGCAUCGCUACGACGACGACUGGCUCGGGCAGCAGUCCAGCUGCCGUGCCGCGCCGCCUAGCCCGUCGGGCUACAGCGUGGCGGAGUGGCUAGAGGCGGUGAGCCCGCUGGCCCAGUACCCCGAGGGGAUGUGCGAAGCGCUGGGCGCUUUGAUUGUCCAGACCCUGGCCAUCUUCGAGCAGACCGGUCUGGGCGGCACCGGGUGGCGAAGGCCGCCGGAGGCCGACAGGUCGGUCACCGCCUGGAGCUCGCGGAGCACUACGGCACCAGCGGUGGCCGUGCGGAACGAGGACGUGCUUCGCGGCCGUGGGCUGGUGCUGGACGGGCCGCAGAUGGCCUUCUACCUGCGCGUCGACGACGGGGUGGUGAUGGCCGGUGGCAGCGGCUGUGGCCCACGGGCCACAGAGAAGAUGCACCAUCUCGCGGAUGCCCUGGCCGAGGCCGGCUUCGUGGUCACCGACCGCACGGAGGCUAGCGACAUGCAGAAGGUGCUGGGCUACGCGCCACAGGCGCGCCCAGCGCAGCUGCGCUUGCCCCCGAAGAGGGCGCGGGAGCUGGUGCGGCAGCUGGAGGAGAUGGGCGCCACCCGCACCCUCCACACCGAGGAGCUGCGCUCGCUCUUGGGGGUGUGGAUCUGGGGCGCCCUGCUUCGGAGGGAGCUACUAUGCAUACCCAGCGCCGUCUUCAGGCUCCUGGAGAGGCACCCGCACCAGCGGGUGUGUACCUGGGCGACCGUCCGCAGGGAGCUGCGAGCUACCCAGAGCAUCCUCUGA